GCGGGAUCGGGAUAAUAACAGAGAGAUUGAAAUCGGCAGGGCUCAAGUUUUUGGAUUUUCGUUUCUCUUAUGAAAGCUGCGUAGGGCGAUCAGCGCUGGGCUGAAUGUGAAAUGAGAAAGAGUGUAAUUCUGAAAGUACAACGAAAUUAAAGUUUAGAACGGGGCAGAAAAGCUAAAGAGCUGACACUGAGGCAGCAGCAUGGGAGUCACUGAUCUGUGGUCCAUCCUGGGGCCAGUGAAGAAGCACGUGCCCUUAGAGAGCCUCGCUGGGAAAACGCUGGCCGUUGAUCUGAGUAUCUGGGUGUGUGAAGCACAAAUGGUAAAACAGAUGAUCGGAGUGGUCCACAAACCCCAUCUCAGGAAUCUGUUCUUCCGCAUCUCAUCACUGAAUCUAUUGGGAGUGAAGCUGGUGUUUGUUUCGGAGGGUGAAGCCCCAAAGAUUAAAGCUGAAACCAUGAGCAAGAGGAAUGAGAUGCGCUACGGGCCUUCUGCCAGUGCUGCACCGCCCAAAGCAGGAAGGUCCUAUUUUAAGUCUGUUUUAAAGGAGUGCCUGCUGAUGCUGGAGUGUUUGGGCAUCCCUUGGGUACAAGCAGCUGGGGAAGCCGAGGCCAUGUGUGCCUACCUGAAUGCCCAUGGCUACGUGGAUGGAUGCAUUACCAACGAUGGCGAUGUCUUCUUGUAUGGGGCCCAGACAGUUUAUCGGAAUUUCACUAUGAAUGUGAAGGACCCCCAUGUGGAUUGCUAUGAAGUAUCCAAAAUUAAGGCCCAGCUUGGUUUGGACAGAGAGGAACUGGUAGGCUUGGCCAUCCUCCUGGGCUGUGAUUAUCUCCCGAAAGGGGUGCCUGGAGUCCGAAAAGUACAAGCCCUAAAGCUUAUUGAGAUGCUAAAUGGGGAGAGUUUGCUGCAAAGGUUCUAUCAGUGGGAGAAGGACUGUAACGAACGGGGCACUAAAGCCCCUAAGAAAAAACCUCACUGUUCUGUUUGCUGCCAUCCAGGUUCAGCUAAAGAUCACGAGCGCAAUGGCUGUAAGAUGUGCGGGAGCGAUCGAUUCUGCGAACCACAUGACUAUGAUUAUCGCUGCCCAUGUGACUGGCAUAAAGAACAGAGAGAGAAGCAGGAAAAUUCUGUGGAGUUUAAUAUCAAGAGGAAGUCUCUCCGAUGUGAAGGUUUCCCAUACCGCCAGGUCAUUGAUGAAUUUCUUAUUAAUAAGAAUAAAUUGGUGAAAGUGCUUAAAUGGGGAAGACCCAGUCUACAGUGUUUUCAGAAUUUUACGGCUGAGCGAAUGGAUUGGCCCAGGCAUUACUCGUGUGAGAAGUUGCUUGUGCUGUUGACGUACUACGACAUGAAUGAGAGAAAGGCAGGCAGAGAGAAUGGGGCGCAGCUACAGGCUGUACGCAUUGUUAAAACAAGAAUCAGGAAUGGAAGCCCUUGCUUUGAAAUCGAGUGGGUGAAACCAGACAGUUAUGCUUUUGCCGAUGAUCAUCCCGCUGAGUCUCCUCUGGUGACGAUAGAGGAAGAAUCUCUCUUCCGAGCAGCUUACCCCCAUGUUGUCACCAUGUUUCACAAGGAGAAGCAAGAAGCUGAGGAGAAUAAGCUGAAAUGCAAGAAAAGCAAGCCCAAAUCCAAGGCUGCGGAUGAUCUGGAUGAUGUUGCGUCUCUGUUGUCCGAACUGAGCCUGAAACCUGUUUCGGAAAAGCAGCCUCCACUAGAGCUACAGGAAGAUGGAGGAGACUCGGACAGUGUUCAUGAGAAGCCAGCAAGGGAUUCCAACUUUCUUAGCUUGUCCAGCGAUGCCGAUUCUGGAGUGGAAAGAGGGAUUUUGUUAGAUACCAAAACAGAUUCUGAGUUUUUCACAUCACCCACUGCAGACAAUGAGCCUUCCAAUCCCUUGUGUUCCUCUCCAGCACCAAGCAAUACCCAACAUCUUACUGCUGCUUCUCCUAAUAUUUCUGCCGUGAUUUCAGAACUCCAACUCAGCAGUAUCGACUGGGACUCAACCUCUUUUAGCAAGUCUCCCCAAGCUGAAGAACGCACUAAAGGCAGCAAAGAGGUUGGAGAACGGGGGGAGUUUUGUUACAAACCAACCACCAACAACUUGGAAACUUCAGGAAAUAAAUCUAAGGAGGUUCAGAAUGGCAUAGCCAGGCCUGGAACCUCUAAUAAGGUGCACUUGACUAAUUCAAAGCAAUCCAAUGUGGAAGACUUUCAUAAGUUACCUUUAAAAGAAAGAGUCCUUCUAAAGAAUGCUGUUCAGUCUGGUGUCCCUUAUCCAGGAAAAAUGCAAACUAAACCUGUUCCCGUAAAGCCUGUGCCACUAUCUCUCCAUAACCAAGGGCUCGGUAAUCACAGCUCAAAAAACUCUGUUCCCACCACUUUGGGUAUAGACAUUAAGGAAAAAGUACAUCAGAAACUCCCAAUGAAGUUAUCUAGAGAUCCGAGUCAACAAGAGAGCAGGCAACCACCAACUUCAGUCUGUUCCAGAGCUAAGCCUCAGAAUCAGGGAGCUACUGGGCCAAAAACAUACAAUUUUGUUAAGAAUGUGAAGGCAGUGCCACUCGUCCCUGUGAACACUGGUAAUAAGAUGGGGACCCUGGCAGCUUCUAAAUCCUUAGGGAAGAAGAGCGUCUGUCAAAAAGGGACCUUAUAUGACCAGGAAGAAAAAACAUACCAACAUAAAAUGCAGGCAACAUGCCCAAGCGCAAUUGUUCAUCCUCACUCCAAUGGGGUUGAGGGGGCUAAAUUACAUAGACCACCAUAUGGGGACAAAGAAGUAAAGCAGAACAAAGAGAACUCCCCUCCAAGAGAUAAUCUCAUUUGCCAUUCUGGUUUAAACCCUAUUUUCCUUAGCCCUGACUCUAAGGCAGCCACCAAAAAAGCAAGUGACUGUGCCGCCGAGGACAGCGACGGAGACGACUCUAUUAUAUCUGUAGACAGCCCCUUGCCCCUGGCUGAACGUUUAAAGCUAAGAUUGUUACAGAAAUGAUAAGGCAAUCGGAAUCCCAUUUAUCUCAUGGACAUGUUUAUAUAUUUAAUAGCAAAUCAAAGGAAUUAAACAAAUAUGAAUGAAAAAUAAUGUAUGGAAUUUCAGACUAAAUGAUGCUUAAAUAAUUGGAAGGGUUAUACAGAAUUAGACUGCAAUUGCUGUAGGUAAGCAGCCAAUUGGCAGUCAGCUUAUACUUGUCUAGUGCUGUCAGAUUCAUAGAAGCAGUUAUCUGAUUGGCUGCUGCAGGUUACUGGACUAAGGACUACUGCCCACCUGAUUUCUUAAACUGUAAAUGUAAAAUACAUGCAUUAAUUUGCCUUAUGCAUUGUGCAAGAACGUAACAUACAAAUAGGCCCAGUUAUAGAGAGGUUUUGUUCCUUUCAUUUUCCCUGAGAUAUGAGAUCAAGUAUCGGGUCGGAGCUUGUUGCGUGCAAAAAAUACCAAUGAAAUAACCCAUUGUAUAUGUUUAUCCCCGCUGUUUUUUUUUUUGUGUUUUCUUAUUUGUUUCUGUUGUGUCUAUGGAUAACCUAUUCAUUUAGUACUUUCAGCCAACGGCUGCUAUGUCUAUCUCUGCCAAAGCCACCAUUCUUUUGAUGACUCCAUUGGUUUCAUUUUUUUUUCCUUAUUCCUAAUCUAGCCAUAAAUGCACCCGUUUCUUCUCACUCAUUUUACAAAUACCAACACACUUAUGGACAAAACAACGUUCCCUUCAUGUUCUGUAAUUUAUAUGUUGGCUGAAGUGAUUCUUUGGCUUGCGGCUUUUAUAUAACUGUGUACAAUCAUAUUUUUUUUAAGUAUUUAUAUAUACGUUUUUUUAAAAAAAAAUAAAAAUCUCAGUUUUGGGA